AUGGACAGGCAAGAAAAUAAGAGAAUUCAAAGAUCCCUUGUAGUACAUAAACUGAUUCAUCUCGGCAAAGUCAAGAUGAGCCGACAAAAACUUAGCGGACGGGAAAAGGGAAAUACAGUUCAUCAUGGACCCAUAAUCCGACGUAUUUUGAUCAAUUCAGCUCACGUGCUGGCUUCUUGUAGCACUUCGUCGCUGCAAAAUGCAAUCACGCCAAAGGAAGAGAGAAUAACUGUGAACGUAGGGGGAACGAAAUAUGAACUUGCAAAAAAAAACUUGGAAAAGUUUCCCGACACGCUUCUUGGCAGCGAGAGGAAAAAUAUUUUCUAUGAUGCGGAGAGGAAGGAAUACUUUUUCGACCGCGAUCCAGUUAUUUUCAAGAACAUAGCCGACUUUUAUCGACAUGGAAAUUUUCACUCGCCUGCGCCAACUGUGUGUUGUAUGGAAGCUGUGUUGGAUGAGUUGAAGUACUUUGGUAUCCCACAACAUUCCGUGUUCGAUUGUUGCUGUGAGCACAUUAUUCAAGAAGACGAGGAACAAGAAAAGAAGAAACAAAUAGAAACCAUGGAAAGUAAACUCCCUCAAAAAGACCGCGACUCGUGGACAGCCCGUGAGAAAUUGUGGCAGCUCUUGACCAAUAGCAAGAGUUCGAAAAAAUCAAAGGCAUUCGGGUUUCUCUUUGGAGCAGUAGUGCUUCUGAACAUCUCUGCUAUCGUAGCGGAAACAGUGCCAUCCGAGUCAGAUCAGACGAAUGGAAAGGCACACAGAAAUAUAUUUUUUGGACUGGAUUCUUUUUGCGUUGCAAUUUUCACAAUUGAGUUUAUAGCGCGCUUGUAUGCUGCCCCCUACAGACUAGACUUUGCGAGAGAUCCAUCGAAUAUAAUUGAUCUGCUGGGAAUAAUUCCUUACUACAUUGCGGUGGUUGAAAGGGCGGUCAAGUCUAACAAUGCAGUGCUGGGGUUUGUUGUUACGGUCUUUCGCAUGUUUAGAGUCUUUCGAGUGACUAAGCUGGCCAGGUAUUCUGAAAGGUUUCAAAAUCUCCUACGUUCAAUACAGGGCGCUGCAAUGGAGCUUGGAGGAAUUCUUUUCUCGUUUCUAGCAUUGAUGAUAACAUUUUCGUCUAUCAUGUACUAUUUUGAACGUGAACAGAAAGGAACAAAAUUUAAAAGUAUUCCGGCAGCUUUCUGGUACACUUUGGUCACCAUGACAACGCUAGGGUGAGUAAUCAUACGCCAUAAACGAGUAGUCAAGUGUUGAAAUAUGAUUAAAAUAAAUCAAAGAAGUCACUUAAUGGAACUCAGGGGAAUGUUUCAAACUUUUAUUAAAGGUAGGAGUUAAAAUUUUCCUUUGCGGAAAUCAGUCUCGUCAAUUCCAGAUUUUUAGGACAAUGUUUGGCACAUUCUUUCAUGGCGGCAUACUUAACGAACCGCAAUCACUGAGAACAUAUAUCUUUUUAUGUUUUAGUUAUGGUGAUAUCGUUCCCUGCACGGUCAGUGGGAAGCUUCUAGGAGCAGCUUGUGCUUUGAUGGGGGUACUUCUUCUAGCCUUACCAGUUCCCAUUAUCGAAAGACAGGUAACGAGCCUUAAAAUGUAAGAAAUCCCAAAAUCUACUGGAAAUGAUAAUUUAUUCAUUUCUUUUUUUGUCUCGGUUCCAUUUAUUCCCACACCCGACCGCCCAUCUGACUGUCAGUCCAUCUUCUAUGCAGCCUUCCAUCUGUUCAGCGUCCAUAUAUUUUUCAUCAUUACACAUAAGACUUACUAUGAAACUCUGAUAGGUGGAGAGCAUUCAGUCAAUAUACAAUAGCGUGUGAAGUUGACAUGAGAACCCAAUAUCUGCAGUAGAUCUUGGGUCGAGUUCAAAGUUUGCCUAGCUUCCGAGCCCCUUUUCCGUGUAGUGGUCUUAAAGUUUUGCAAACUCACAAAGUGUCUUCUUUUGCAGACUGUUGUAAAGAUGUAUAUCGAAAUUCUCAUGCUUAACCUCGUCCAAUAAUUGCUCAAUAUAUCCACUCUUCUAUCCGACUGACUGUCUGUCUGUCUGCCUUUCCAUCAGUCCAUCUGUCUUACAGUUGCGUAUCCAAUUGUCUGUCCGUUUUAUCUUUCCCUCUUUCACUAAUUCGUUUUCGUUCGUUUGUUGGUAAGGCGGUUCGGCGUCCUUCAGUGGUAGUUGAAAGACUACCUCAGUCGUUCAUGAAGAGUACAGGAAUCUUCUGAGUAAGGGGGAGGGGGAGGGAGGGUGAAGGUGGUGGAUGGACACCUUAUUACUUUAUAAGUCUAUUGCUCUCUAUCAUAAAAAAGUAUGUCAGAGAAAAAUACUGGCAUAAUACUUGUGUAUUAAUUUUGAACGUUCAAGUUACUCUCCUAAUCUUUUCUAGUUGUAUGAAUGCCAAAGAAAAGGAAAGCCCAAGAAAGAUGGUGUCACAGAGAGGCUGGUGGCAUCUCUGCCUUCGUUAGGAAGAAUUGGUUCAAGUGAAGACAAGACUCUCGCGAGAAGAGGAGGCAAAAAUAAGAGGAAAUCUCGUACGCGUCGAAUAAAUGAUCUCCACGACUCUCGAACAACAUCUUUGAAAGUGGAAACUGGCGCCUCCUCCAGCCGUUCCUGCGACAGUAAUACAAGUUCCUCUAAUUCCGGUUCCGAAGAUUUCCUUGUUAUGAGGGUAGGCAUGCCAACAAUCAAAGAACCUGAAACUUCAGAUUUCAGUGGGAAUGGCAAUGUAAUUAUGCCUUGGACCGUUGCACCUCAAAAGCGUAAAAGCUGGUUUGGUAACGGGAAAGUUUCAGCUAGUGUGGGCGAUGGCAUAUUUACAGAAUCUCCACGUUCCUCUCAGUAUCUCCCGGAUUUUCGCCAAGUUCUCCACGAAGAUGGAGUUGGUCGAAGUACACGUUACAAGUCUUUCAUUGAUGACAAAAAAGACGACAAAGAAGCUUUUUCAAUGAAAAAUUUGCGGCAACAGCAAUUUCCAGGUGUAACCCCCCGGAAUUAUCACAGCGUUGGGGACUUAGCAUAA